CAACGUUGGAAAAACAACAACACUUUGCAUGCGGUGCGGUGUGAAGUUUCCUGAUUUCCGACAUUCCCAUGGUCAGUGAACGCAGCAUCGGGGACAUCGCUGCCUGUAGAAGGAGCUCUUUCUGUCCCUUACCUAAUUCUCAGCCAAACGUACACAAACAUGGCGAUAUCACAGGCGGUCAGGAUGCAGUCUUCUCUUCGGUGUGCGUUAUAUUUAGUCGUCCUCGCCUUUGGUGGAAUAAAUUCAUCGACGCUUCGUUCACAUUUGGAGCAGCGGUUCAUGCCUCCUCAAAACAGGGGCUUUUUCACUAUAGAAGCUGAUGUGCUUUCUCCAGAUGGAGGUGGAGGUGGCGCCGCAGCUCCAGCGCUGCCCCUGGCCGACCGUAGUACCCCUAAAGGCGGGUCGAUCUCUGGUACCAACCCGCAGCAUCGAAGCCGCCGGAGUAGCGGAGAAUCGGCCAUGCCAAGGGUGUACGGACAGGCCAACCUGAACGACUCUCAUAAUCAGAUGGUCGUCCACUGGGCUGGAGAGAAGAGCAACGUCAUUGUAGCCUUGGCGCGGGACAGUGCUGCAGCCACGGGGCCAAAAACCAGCUCUGUCUACGUGUCCUACGACUACGGGACGACGUUCCUGCUUAUCUCAGAAAAGUUUCAGCUUUCAGCGACCAAGUUCAAGGAAGGCACGAAGCAGGUCAUCUCCCAGUUUUACCACAGCCCAGCCGACAACAGGAGGUACCUCUUUGUGGACUCCACCAACAACUACCUGUGGAACACUUUUGAUUUCUGUAAAACUGUUCAGGGAUUCUCCCUGCCCUUCAAACCAGCAGACCUGCUGCUCCACAGCACGAAGUCCAACCUGGUGCUGGGCUACGACAGCUCUCAUCCAAACAAACAGCUCUGGAAGUCUGACGACUUUGGGGAGACGUGGGUUUUGAUUCAGGAACACGUGAAGGCCUACUUUUGGGGUGUGGAACCCUACGAUCCUCCGACUACAGUGCUGGUGCAGAGGCACGAGCCCCAGGGCGUCUCCACCGUCCUCAGCAGCGUCGACUUCUUCCAGAGUGAGCAGAACCGCAGAGUGAUCCUGGAGCAGGUGGACAGUUUCCAGCUGCGGGAGAAAUACAUGUUCGCCACCACCACACGGAAACUGCUUGGCAGCCACGAGCCGUCGUCUGUUCAGCUCUGGGUCUCCUACAACCGCCAGCCGAUGAAAGCUGCCCAGUUCAUGACCCGCCAUCCAAUCACAGAGUACUACAUAGCAGAUGCGUCUGAGGAGCAGGUGUUUGUGUGUGUGAACCACCUCAACAACAUCACACACCUCUACAUCUCGGACACUCAGGGCCUGUCCUUCUCCCUGUCGCUGGAGAACGUGCUGUAUUACAGUCCCGAGGGCACAGGCAGCAACACGCUGAUCAGGUACUUCGCCAAUGAGCCGUUUGCAGACCUGCAUCCCGUGGAGGGUGUGCGUGGCGUCUUCAUCGCCACACUCAUCAACGGCUCGGUCAGCGAGAAUAACAUGCGAUCCGUCAUCACCUUUGACAAAGGAGGAACAUGGGAGCUGCUUCAGCCUCCCGCCGCCGACAGUCUGGGAGGAACUGUGGACUGUGAGCUCAGUAAGGGUUGUUCUCUUCACCUGGCCCAGCGCUGGAGCCAGUUGUUCAACAUCCAGCUCAGACGGAUGCCCAUCUUAUCCAAGGACUCUGCACCUGGACUCAUCAUGGCCACAGGAUCUGUUGGGAAGAACUUGGCGAGCAAACCCAACGUGUAUGUGUCCAGCAGCGCUGGAGCGCGGUGGAGAGAGUCUUUGGCAGGACCGCAUUUCUACACCUGGGGGGACCAUGGUGGCAUCUUAGUGGCUAUCGCACAAGGGGGCUCCACCACACAUCUGAAGUUCAGCACCAACGAAGGUGAGACCUGGACUGACUUCCAGUUCUCAGACAAAGAGGUGUACGUUUACCAGCUGCUGACGGAGCCCGGGGAGAAGAGCACCAUCUUCACCAUCUUUGGUUCCUACGCAAACCAGAGGCACAGCUGGCUGAUCCUGCAGGUCAACACCUCGGACGUCCUGGGUGUCCCUUGUUCUGAUGCCGACUACAAGCGCUGGUCUCCGUCAGACGAACACGGUAACGAGUGUCUGCUGGGCAGAGAGAUAACAUUUAAGAGACGAGCGCCACACGCCACGUGUUUCAACGGAGAGGACUUCGACCGACCCGUCACCGUCUCCAACUGCUCCUGCACACGCCAGGACUACGAGUGUGACUACGGCUUCAAGCUGAGCGAGGACUUGUCUCUGCAGGUGUGCGUUCCUGACCCUGAGUUCUCAGGUGACCUCUACGCUCCACCGGUUCCCUGUCCCGUCGGUACCACGUACAGACGCAGUAAAGGUUACCGGAAGGUUCCGGGAGACAGCUGCAGUGGGGGCGAUGUGGAGUCCAGGCUGGAUGGAGAGAUGCUGCCGUGUCCUGUGGGAGAGAGUAACGAGUUCAUUCUUUACGCCGUGAGAAACUCCAUCCACCGCUACGACCUGGCCACCGGCACGGACCAGGCUCUGCCUCUGGCCGGACUCAGGGAAGCUGUGGCUCUGGACUUUGAUUAUGACAGAAACUGUCUGUACUGGGCUGACAUCUCCCUGGACACAAUACAGCGUCUGUGUCUGAACGGCAGCACAGGUCAGGAGGUCGUAGUGAGGAAGGACCUGCAGAAUGUGGAGGCCCUGACCUUUGACCCCAUAAGCAGACUCCUGUACUGGGUUGAUGCUGGAGCUCGGAAGAUUGAGGUUUCUAACCCUGAUGGAGAUUUGCGCCACACUUUGCUCAACUCUUCGAUCCUGGAACAUCCUCGUGCUCUGGUUCUGCUUCCUGGAGAGAGGAAUGACCUUUACUGGGAUGACUGGUCCAGGAUGGGAAUCUUUAAAGCUCCAAAAGCCGGUUCUCAGAACAACGAGCUGAUCGUCGGACGACUGACUGGAGUCAUGGACCUGAAGAUCUUCUACAAGGGGAAGAAUCGAGGUCAUAACGCCUGUGCCGACCAGCCCUGCAGCCUCCUCUGUCUGCCCCAGCCGGGCCACCGACACACCUGUGUAUGCCCUGACGGUGCUCCGACUGUAGCCCUGCCCGACGGUGAGCUGCAGUGUCAGUGUCCGAAAGGUUACCAGCUAGAGAACAACACCUGCGUGAAGACUGAACACAGCUGCCUGCCCAACCAGUACCGCUGCUCCAACGGUCGCUGCAUCAGCAGCAUCUGGAAGUGCGACAGCGACAACGACUGUGGAGACAUGAGCGAUGAGCAGGAGUGUCCCACUACCAUGUGUGACCCGUCCAACCAGUUCCGCUGUGUGGCCUCAGGGUCCUGCAUUCCCCUGGCCUUCAAAUGCGAUCAUGAAGACGACUGUGGAGACAACAGCGAUGAAGAACACUGCGAGUCUCAUCAGUGUGGCCCUGGAGACUUCACAUGCGCUCGGGGAGUGUGUAUCCGUGAGGCAUGGAGGUGUGAUGGAGACAACGACUGCAGAGACUGGUCAGACGAAGCCAACUGCACAGUGGGACAUCACACCUGUGAGGCCAGCAGCUUCCAGUGUCACACAGGUCACUGUAUACCGCAGCGCUGGAUGUGUGACGGAGAUGACGAUUGUCAGGAUGAUUCAGAUGAAGACCCUCGAUACUGUGAAGGAACUCGGUGCAAAGGCUUCCUCUGCUCCAAUGACACCUGCCUACCCGCAACUGUCCACUGCAACGGCAUCAAAGAGUGUCCAGAUGGCGCCGAUGAGCAGAACUGUGACCCUCUCUGCACCCGUUACAUGGAGUUUGUCUGCAAGAACCGAGCCCAGUGCCUGUUUCAGUCUCUGGUCUGCGAUGGAAUCAAACACUGCGAGGACGGUUCAGAUGAGGACGCCGAGUACGCCGGCUGUGCCACACCGUCCGAGUUUGGAAAAGUGUGUGAUGCCUACACAUUCCAGUGCGCCAACGGAGUGUGUGUGAGCCUGGAGUGGAAGUGCGACGGCAUGGACGACUGUGGAGAUUAUUCUGACGAGGCCAACUGUGCUGCUCCCACCGAGGUUCCAGGCUGCUCCAGAUAUUUCCAGUACGAGUGUAAGAACGGACGCUGCAUUCCAACAUGGUGGAAGUGUGACGGGGAGAACGACUGUGGCGACUGGUCUGACGAGUCCCAGUGUACUGGUGGUGUUACCCCCCACACUGCGUCCCCCGGCCCCUCCACCUGCGCCCCCAAUCGUUUCCACUGUGGCUCUGGCGCUUGUAUCAUCAACACCUGGGUGUGUGACGGUUACACCGACUGUCCUGACGGCAGCGACGAGCUGGGCUGUCCCACAGCAGUGAAUGGAACCGUAACGCUGCCUCCAGUGGUCACACAGGCUCCUCCUCCCGUCCCUGGUCGGUGCAGUCGAGGUCAGUUCCUGUGUCGCCGUCCUCCUCGCUGCAUCCCCGACUGGCAGCGCUGCGACGGACAGGUCCACUGUGAGGACGGCUCGGACGAAAUGCACUGUCCCACCCGCGGUCUCCUCGUCUGUGUGAACGGAUCCCGCUGUUCUGACGGCGAAGCCUGCAUUCAGGACAGCGAGAGGUGCGACGGCUUCCUGGACUGUUCUGACCACAGUGACGAGGACAACUGCACCGUGGACGCCCUGGUGUAUAAAGUCCAGAACCUCCAGUGGACACCAGAUGUCCAAGGCGCCGUUACCCUGACCUGGUCUCGCCCUAAGAACCUCCCCCUGGAUUCCUGCUACUUCCUGGUCUACUACAGACUGAUGGGUGUGCAGCAGUGGACCAUCAUGGACACCCACAGCAACAAGACCAGCUACAAACUGACGGUGCUGAAGCCAGACGCCACCUACCAGGCGAAGGUGCUGACUCAGUGCCUCAGUAAGGUGCACAAAACCAACGAGGUGGUCGCCAUCAGGACCCCAGAGGGAGUACCGGACCCGCCUCAGAACCUGCAGCUUUCCUGUGAUAACAGUGAGGACGGGACGGUGCAGGUCUCCUGGACUCCUCCUGAUAAAGGACACGGACUGGUCAGAGUAUAUAUUGUUGAGUACAGUGACCGUGAAGGCGUUGAAUGGAUGUCACAGAGAAGUUUUACCACGAACAUUGAGGUGAAGGAGCUGCAGCCGGACAAGCUGUACAGGUUCAGGGUGGCAGCAGUGACCAGCAGAGGGAUGGGAAACUGGACAGAGGUCAAAUCCAUCACUCCCAAAAAAGGUAAAAAUCUUCUCUUGCCUCCGCAGCGUUUAUCUGUGCAGCACCGCCAUCUGCUGGAAUCUAAACGACAGCGUGUGAAUAAUUGUGAAUUCUUCCUGAUUUAUGAUCAGCCAGGUACUCGCACGACCUUGUGCCAUUCCACCCAUUUAUUCCACGUGUACUUCCUGUUUGCAGCCACUAACCUGACAGCGGGCACGGUGUACGAAGUGGCGGUGUGGGCUCACACCAGCAUCGGUGACAGUCCCACCGCUCUGUCCCAUCACCAGACCACAGGCACUCAGCCGGAGAGACCCCUCCUCAAAACCAGAGCGCUGAACCAGACGGCGGUGGACUGCAGCUGGACCAUCGGUGGACCGUCUGCCCAGAUGUACGGUGUGUUUUACGCCACCUCUUUCCUGGACCUGUACCGGAGCCCCCACAUGGUCCACACCCCCUCUCUCAGCCUCACUGUCACGGUCAACAGUGAUGAACAGUAUCUGUUCCUGGUGCGUGUCACCUCUCCGUUCUUUGGCCCCCCCUCCGACUACUCCGUCGUCAAGAUGAUUCCCAGUGAAAGGCUGCCGCCCAGAAACCUCCACCGCGUCCGAGUGGACAAAACACAGGCCACGCUGAAAUGGCAGCCGCCGUACGACGCCCCAAACACACCCCUGACGUAUGCUGUACACGUGCGGGAUGUGAUCCGGAAACUGGAGCGGGACUACAAGGUGACCACACAGAACAACACGGUGGAGUUCACGAUGAAGGGCCUGGAGCCUGGAGGACGGUACAGCGUCUCCGUCCGUCUGCUGAACAUGAGCAAAGAGGCCAGCUUCACCCUGAGCACAGUUCCUCUUCCUGCUCCUGAGGCCUUAAAGAUCCUGACGGAGAAAGAUCACGUCUUCCUGUUCUGGAAGAGUCUGGCCGUCAGAGAAAAGGACUUCAAUGAGAGCAGGGGGUACGAAGUGCACGUGUACGACAGUGUGACCAACCAGACGACCUUCCUGGGAAACACCACAGAAACGUUCUUCCGCAUCAACAGCCUGCUGAUGCGUCACAACUACACCUUUUCAGUGCAGGCGCGCUGUCUGCUCAGUGGACAGUUGUGUGGAGAACCUGCCCUGCUGCUGUACAACCAGUUCACCGCAGGUGCCACAGACGCGGCUCUCAGGGAGGGUCAGUCUGGAGACAUGGCAGCUGUGGUGGUUCCUGUCCUCUUCCUCCUACUCCUGGGAGUGUGCGGCAGCCUGGUGGCGCUCUACAUCAGACAUCGAAGGCUUCAGAACAAUUUCACAGCCUUUGCCAACUCCCACUAUAACUCUCGUCUGGGCUCUGCCAUCUUCUCCUCCGGGGACGAACUGGGCGACGACGACGAAGACGAUCCGAUGAUCAGCGGCUUCUCCGACGACGUUCCCAUGGUCAUCGCGUAGCAGCCCCUCCCUCCACCCACCU